CAAACCAUAAUGACAGUUUUUGAACCAAUCACUGAAAUUUUCUAAACUGACGUAGUGAAAGAACAAGGUUACAUUAUUCAGAUUCUAUUAUGAAUAUUCUAUGUGUUGUGUUAGUGUUCAUUGGUGUUACAUUAUCCGUUCAUGAAAAUCUAACUACAGCCACCAAUAACGAUACAUCAGAAGAUGUUUUUCUGGAAGCAAUUAAUCGACAUAAGUACAGUACGACAACACCAAAAUAUCUCUGGCAAACCUUUGACGAAGUAAUUAAUGAAUCACGUGCUGAUGGAGGCGUGGGAAUAUCUAUCGAAAAUAUAAUGGACUCUUGGACUAAUGAAGCUGGAAAUCCCAUUGUAUAUGCAGAUCGAAUUGAUCGAGACAUACGUCUAAAGCAGAUACCUAUGAGCAUCGCUACUUCCUCGGCAUCCAACUUCGCAAGGACAUCGCCAGUAGAAUGUAUGGGAGAGAAGAAAACGUAUAUAUCUGCGGGGGAUUCAGUGUCGUUCGUUUCGAACGUUCAACAAAACGGCUUCUACCGUAUUAAAUACGACAGUCAUUCGUGCCACCUUCUGAUUAGUGCGUUGUACGAGAAAAAUUACAGCAAACUCCACGUAACGAAUCGUGCUCAAUUAAUCGACGAUGCUUUGAAUCUGGCUCGAGCAACAAAAAUAUCCUAUGAUAAGACGUUUGAAUGUACCGACUAUUUACGAAAUGAAAAGGAAUAUCUCCCAUGGAAAGCAUUCUUCAAUGGAAUUAAUUUCUUGCUGCAAAGAUCCUAUGGUCAACAGGACAAUCUGACUUCUGUCAUAAAAUCAUACAUUUUGCAUUUAACGUCGAAAAUCUACUCUUCACUUGAUUUCGAGAAUUCGAUUGAUGACGAUCAUUUAAAGCAAUUGAAAAGAGAACUGAUUUUGACUUGGAGGUGCAAAGCGGAGGGCAAGGAUUGCGUCAAGAAAGCAAAGCAAUUGUACAUUAAUUUAAAAUUGAAUACGUUUAUGGGAUUGCCCAAUCAUAUUUCACCAAACGCGAGAGCUGCAGUGUACUGCACAGCGAUGAGAGAUGCAGAUGUCAAUGAGUGGAAUUUUAUGUGGGGACAGUACUUAAAAGCUGAUUUUGCUUCGGAAAAGAAAACUAUCUUGGAGGCGCUUGGAUGUAAUAGGAAUGAGAAAAUUCUACGGUCGUACAUAAACCGUGCGAUAAGUGGAUCUUAUACUUCUGAUAUUCGAAAACAAGAUGUCGAUAUAGCCCUAACGUCUAUCUACAAUGCUGGAAAAGUUGGGGUGGACGUGAUGUUGAUCUUCCUGGUGAAUGAAUACAAGAGACUUUACGAAUAUUACGGCGAAUGGAACAGUGUCCGGAACGUGUUCUCCAAACUUGCAUCUCAUAUUUCCACGCAACAACAAUUGAAAGAUCUGGAGAUGAUUGGAAAUUGCCUCAAGCAAUACAUGCCUGAAAUUUCAUUUGAGCUUGACAAGACAGUUGAAACUGCAAGAACAAACCACAACUGGUACGUUGUAAAUGCCAAUAAUAUAUUUAAAGAAUUAAACAGCACCGUUUCAAUGUGGGAUGCAAGGCUAAACGCCAAAAUUAAUCUCAAUAGUUUUAGUAUAAUAUCAGUGACAAUAUUUACAAUCAUCACAUAUGUGUUAUCACAUUAAGAGAUAGAUUGAGGUGAUACAUGGAAAGACUGUUGAUAUCUAGUUAUUAACCCUUUCAUGGGUACAAUAUGAAUUUUCAAGAUGACAGCACAUUUCAACAGUGGGAAUAUUUGAGUCUGGUGAUCCAUAUGUGCACUAAAAGUGGGUGGGAAGCAUAGUUCUCAGUACCCAUGAAAGGCUUAGUAAAAAAGUGUAUUAUUUCAUGUAAAUGAAUUAUUAUUAUAAUGUAAACUACAAUACUAUUGUAUUGAACAGUUUAAUAAUAUAGGUAUAGUUUUGUAAAAAUGUGAACAAACAUUGUUAUUAUCUAUUAAAGAGGCUAAUGAGACUAAUCAAAUAUAUUCAAUUUUUGCUUA